UUUGUCUAGUCCCAGUCAUCUCGGACUAAAAGCCAUAGAAUGGUCGAUGGAGAGACCAGCUAUUACAUGCAUGUUAUUUUUUAGUGAUGAGCGUUGAGAUUUCGCUCUUGGAAGCUGAACAGCUGAAGAGCAUUCACGCCAUCUGCGCGCCAUUUCCUUUCUAAAAGUAGUUCACUCCACGCUAUCGGACUGACCUCCCCAAUUCCCUCGUCGCGACCCGAUAUAACCUCGAGCCCUUCGAUCCCUGAAACCCUAAUCCUUCUUCUUCUUCAAUCUCUUCCCUACUCUCCUCUCUCUGAUGGCGGGAGGAGGAGGAGGAGGAGAAGCUCCGGGAGCGACGGAUUCGGCCGCCGUCGUCCCGAUGGAGGACACCAUCGAUGCCCUAAUGGACUACCUCGUCGCCCCUCUCCUCCCCUUAAGGGUCUCCCAGCGGGAGGCCCCUACCGACGAUCAGCAGGAGGCCGUGGCGAGACAGAUUCAUGCAGUUGUGCUGCUCUAUAAUUAUUACCACCGGAAGCAGUUCCCGCAACUUGAGUUUCUUGCUUUUGAAACUUUCUGCAAAGCUGCUUCUGUAGCUAAACCUAGUUUCUUGACAUACUUGAAAUAUAUGCAUAAAUAUGAUGAUGGAUCAGGAAAUCUGAACAAACAGCUCUCAAUCACAGAGAAAAAGAUCAUGGAUGCCUGUAAUAUUUCUAAGUCAUUAGAUGCAUCAAAUAAUGCUCCAAACAUAGAAGGUUGGCCAAUUUUUAAAGUUGCCAUGUUUCUAAUUGAUCACACCAAAGAAAGAUGUUUGCUUCAGUUUGGAUGCUUAACCCAGGGGGUCUGGUCGUUGUUGGAACAAGAACUUGAAGAACCUAUUGACAAUCAGGUAGCUGGCACCCAAAUGAACAAUAAUGUAUCAAAAAACAAAGAGAUUGCAAUUAGGUGUUCACGUGGGUCUUGUGAAAAUGAUUAUGCGCUUCAGCAACUUGCAUUUUCUAUCGUGGAAAAAAAAGCAGGUAUUAAUCAUGCAAAUAUUUGUAUUCUGGAACAUCAUUUGGCGUAUUCGUUAAGUCAGGAGAAGACAACUACUAGGUUAUAUAUAAUGAUGUAUACAGAAACAGUAAGUGGAGAACUCAGGGAACUUCAUGUCAAAGAUGUUAUUAGCAGCUUGAAAGGCCCUUUGGUCAGGAGGGCUCUAACUCCUGAAGUAACACCUGUUGUUGAGCAUUAUAAUCUAUUGCCAUAUGUUGACAUUUUAUCUGAUUGGCUAAACAGGGAAAUACUUCAUGAUGGUCCACAGCAUUUGCCAAGGCUGUCGGCAGAUGUGAACAAGAAAUGCUUAUUGUUGUCAGACAGAGUAACCACUGCUGAAGAUCCUAAAACAAAUAAUAAAUCUGAUUGGGGUGGGAAAACAGUAGACAAGAUGAGCAACACUGAAAAUGAAACUAUAAUGAAGAAUGGAAAUAGCACAUCUUCUGAGUUUGGGACAUUGAGAUCUGCUUGUAGACCUAAAGCCAAUGCUUGCAUUUUGUCUGUGGAAGCAGACACAUUGUCCACUGUAAAAGAUCAGGUGGUAAGUGAUAAAUCUUCUCAGAAUGGACAAACUGUGGAUAUGUUGAGUAACAAGAACAGGAUAAAAGAGGCAGUUACAAACAACAUAGAAAUUGAUGGAUCAAAUAUGAGUGGGUCAUCUGCAGUUGUGUAUAGACCUCAUAACAAGGCCAGUAAUUCAUCUUUGAAUCGGUAUCAGCAACCAUCAGUUAACGAGGAUACCAGGAGGGAAAAUAACAUUUCAUGUAUUCCUACCAAUAAGUGGAAAAAGAAUAUUCAGGGUACUGCAGAUGUCACUCUGCAGGGUUGUAAUGAUGAGGCAAGUAUUGCAGAUUCAGCUAAGCCAUGCACAACAAAAGGCCUGGAUGGAGAACAGCAAGGCAAAACAGAGAUCGGUGAUUCUGUUCAAGGUGGAAUACCUACCUUUGAUCUUCCACUUGUUCCUUUGCAAUUGAAUAUGGAAAAUCAAGAUGCAUUUCAACUUGUAAUGUCAUCAAAGAAAGAAGGGGAAGAGAACUCAGAGCCAAAAUUUGAAUCGAUAAUAGAAGCAUGCAAUGUUUUAUGCUCAAGCCAAACACAUAUGGAUAGAUCUAUGCGUUCUGGAGAAGGGAGCCGAACUCAGAAAAUUAAAAGGAAGAGAUUGGCGGAGGCCGUUCUCAAGUUAAGGAGCUCAUGCCAGGAAUUGGAUGAUAUAUGCUGCGAGAACAGUUGGAUAUUACCAAGAUAUAGUGUGCUCCCAUCCAUUUCAGAUGCAGGAAGGUUCCAGGCAAAUGUUACAGUUAAAGGGAUGGACUUUGAGUGCACAGUUGGUGGUGAUUUGAAGGGCAGUCCUCGUGAAGCACGGGAGUCUGCAGCAACUAACAUGUUGAGCAAACUUCGCAGCAUGGCAGGCCAAACAUAGAAAUUAGUAGGCCAAAUAGUUUCCGUACUGGCUUAAGCUCUAGUCAUAAACCUCCGCUAACUCGAAGGAACUAUACAAAGCAUCUUUCUUUUGAGUAUUCUAGGUAUAAUUCAUGCCAAUUGUGAGUGCUAAAUGCUGAAUGAUACCAUCCGAGGAUGAUGCCAACCUCAAGAACAUCUUUUGUCUCUUGUACCGCAGAAACCAUUAAAGAUACUAAAUUUUGAUUGUAGAUCAUCCAGAAACCUUAACAUAUCCAUCCAACAUCAGUAAACAUCUAAUAUGUGACAUUUUAUGUUCAAUUUCUGUUGUAAGCCUGACAUUUCCAUGCGAUGGUCUACACCAUGGCAUUGGUUGAGUAAACUCAAUAUGAUUUACAAUAUAGUUGAGGAACAAAA